AUGGACCCUCCGAUAGGUUUAUUUGCUCUCACAUUUUUAUUAGUGAAUGUGGUAUCGAACUGUUAUGAAAUACCACAGUCACGAGAUGUUACAAGCCGAGUGUCAGAGAAGCAUCUAGACGAUGUUAAUUCAAACAAUUUGGAGUCACGUUUUGGAAAGCUAUCUAAAGUAUAUAAAGAUUUGCUUGCAAACAAAGGUUGGAAUGAUAAUAAAAAAAGUAAAAUUGUAAAAGUCACUUACAGAAGAAGAACGAAAAAGAGAAACGGUAACCAUCCUAACAUACUAUACAAUUAUGUACAUUCCCAUAGCGUUGUAGGCGGCAACCAUAGAAAUGUACCAUUAGUUCAUUCCAACGGGAUAAACGAUUUGGUUACUAGUGUUAAUUCCCAAUCAAGCUGGCCUAAAUCAUCAAGCUAUUAUGGUGGAAGCACAUCCCAAACUGUUGAAAAUGGUUUUGGGGUGCCAAGCUAUUACGGUGGAAGCGCACCAGAGAGUUUUGACAAUAGUUUUAGCGUGCUAAAUCAUUACGACGGAAGCACACCAGGAACUGUUGAAAAUGGGUUUUACGGCGGAAGCAAAAGUUACGAUGUAAAUAAUUAUAAUUCAAACUCCAGACUGCCUUCAAAUCUCGACGAUCUUCAAAGAGAUGAUAAUACGGGAUCAACCUCUGAUAUAUUUCAAGUAGCUGGAACAUGGAAUCGAAGACCAUCAAAUGCAUUCCGUGUCAAAUGGGUUGAUAAUACUUUGGACUCGAAAACCGUAAAUCCAAAAAAAUAUUUUCGAUCUGCUAAAAAUGUAGCUGUUAAGGAUGUAACUGCUGAAGAUGUGACCAGUGAAGAUGUGACCAGUGAAGAUGUGACCAGUGAAGAUGUAACCAAUGAAGAUGUUACCUCUGAAGUAAUGGCUCAUGAUGCUGUCACAGGUGAAGGUGUGAUUGUUAAAGAUGUAGCCGUUGACGGUAAGACUGCUGAAGAUGUUACGUCUGAACUAGAUCAAUAUCUAUUAAAAGGGGCAGAUUAUAAUAAUGUAAAUGUGGUGAGCAAAAAUAAUAAACCUUAUUGGCGAACCUUCAGAGAUAAAACAGUUGAAGAUGUAACCGGUGAAGAUUUAAAGGUGGACGGUGAGACUGCUGAAGAUGUAACAUCUGAGAUAAAUGAAAAUGUUAUAAGGAGGGGAGUUCACAAAAAUGUAAAGCUGCUUCGCAAUAAUAACAAAUCCUUUUGGCGAAAUUUCAAAGGUGAAACUGCUGAAGAUGUGACUUCUGAAGAUGUCACUGCUGAAGAUGUAACUGGUGAAGGUGUGACUGCUGAAGACGUUACCACUGAUGGUGUGACUGCUGAAGAUGUAACAUCUGAACUAAGUAAAAAAAUAUAUUGGAAAACACUUAAAACUGAAACAGUUGAAGAUGUAACCGCCGAAGAUGUGACUGCUGAAGAUGUAACAUCUGAAGAUAUUACUCCUUUGCAUAUUGUUCGUGAUAGGAUUACUCAUGAACAUCCAUUCUCUAAAGACUACAUAGAUGUUUCAAAAUCUGAUACUGGAAAAAAGUACAUUCUUAAAAAUGUUCCAUCUACAAAUGUUUUUUCUGGAUACUAUCCUUCUCACACACAUAUUCGAUUUAAUGGCAAUAAUUAUGGAAAAGUGCAUCAUUUGCCCUAUAUCAGCUCAUACGAACAGAUAUUUCAAAAAAUUUUGACACAGAUAUGUGAAAAAUCAAAGAAAUUACUGAAAAGAAAACCAACCCUCCUCGUAAUAAAAAAAUUGAAACGAAUUUCAAAACAGUUAAAUGUACUUUACAAUUUGCUAAGAGAACGAAAUCAUAUUGAUGUCGACUAUGACUUACCUGACGAUGAUAAUCAAUCCACUGAUAUUGAAUCGCCAGAUUAUAUUAAUUGGAUUAAUCCCAAAGAUUCAAACGCUAAUGGCAAAAACUACCGCUUCACUAUAAAACAGCUGAUACGAGAUUUGAAGCGACUUAAACCAGUAAAUGUGGAUUUGGAUCUUCAAUUACUUUACAAAAAAUUGAUCAAAUAUUUGCAAUAUUACUUCCUAAAUAAUAACGGAAACGCUGGACACGCCAGACCGAAUUUGGAUUCCGUUUUGAUUCCAAUACUCACAGCUUUACGCAACCAACUGGAAAACCCACAAAAGUCGCAAACUCCGAAGAUAACUUUGAAAAUAAAACUACUUUUAUCAUUUUUACAUGGAAAAUAUGGUGGUGAUUCAUGGAACGUUGACAAUAUUGAUGACUUUGAAAAUGGAGAUGAUAGUUUUGAUGGAAACUAUGAGACGUAUUCACCGGACUAUGGUCGUAUUAGAGACCUAAUCGAUGGGUUAAAUGAUAAUCGAUUAGACCAUAGCGUCAAUCUACGUAUUGACGUAAUCCAAGUACCGGAUGCUGGACAAAUAAAGGAAAACGUUAAUUCUACACCAAAAAUUGCAGAAACACCUGUAAUUUUGAAGUGUUGUAAUUUUAACAUUUAUUCACAAUACAUUCAUCAUCAUAACUAAUCUAAAAUAUUGGGGCCCACAUGACCCACUACGCGGUCUUAGUAGACGUUGGUGGAUUUAACGACUGCAGAUACAGUCGGGUUCAAUAGCUUUGCCUCCUCAAGCAUGGAGGAAUUCAAGGCAAUUCUGUGUUACGUAUCCCAUGAUCAGCUUUCGAAAAUGACUUCUGCAAUCGCAGGCAGACGGAACGCACCAACCACUGCGCCAUCAAGCUACCUUUUUUUUUAAUUUAAAGUAUAUUUAUGUUAACAGGAUAACGUGCAAUUGGGUCUUCCAGUCUUAAGUCAUGUGAUAAACGAUUCAAAAUGUCCUUACACAACAACUUUAUUACAAUUGCUGGCUACGCUACUGGAAUUUCUUCACAACUCAUCAGAGACCGAGAAAGUAAAUAAAGCCGUAGUAGUAUUAAAGUAUUAUCUAGAAAACGCACCUAAAGGUCCUGGUAAGGAUGAACUAUACCUGUUUUUGAAAUAUAUUCAAGAUUACCUUCAACAUGGCAAAGGACCUUUACGUGAUUAUUUCACAAAAGAAUCGUCCAAUAAUAAUCCCACAACAACUAUUGUAUUCAAGAACAAGAUACCAAAUCUAGGACAGCCGCAAUGUAAAGAACAAUUCACUAAAUUUUUACAAAAAGCUUACAGUGCCUACUUGGACAUUGCCAAGUUUCCAAAUUGCCAACAGAUAAGUUUCUCGAAUGAGGCGUAUUUUAUGCCUGGUGCAAAACAAGUCUAUCCAUUUGAUGUGAACUACAACUAUUCACCUAAACAAUUUUCCGGUGAUAACAUUCAUAUACCGCCAUCGCUUUACAAUGUCGAUGUAGAGCACCCAUUUUACAAUUUUAAAUACUUUUACAAUACGCCAGAAACAAAGAACAAUCCCUUGAAUAUAUUACUCGGUACACCAGAAAUAAACUCCAAUAAACCCGUAGAGAAUUGGUCGAUCAUUAAUAAUAAAGUUCCUCAAUAUACAGACAUACUUAGCCAAUAUACCAAAAAUCCUCCUGAAGCCCUUGUAAAUUUGGUUUCACCUCCAAACUUUGGCAAUGGUAAUCUGAUCAAUGAAUCAGGGCCAAAACCUUUUAACCUUCUUACAAAACCAGAAAGUAUAAAAGAUGGGCAUACGUAUGCCCAGCUUCCUAAAGGCUUUGUUGAUAUGGCAAUAAUGCCGCACAAUAAUGCCUUCACAAGUAACAACUUCACAUCCCCAGUGCUAGGUCAACUGAAUUUAUCCGGGUUAAACGAUGUUAUAAACAGCCCUCAAACACCGUUACUAUAUAAUUAUAUCAAAGAUGUGACGCCUAUAGACCAUAAGAAUAUUCCUAACACGCCAGACAACAAAGACAUCGAUUACAGUAUAUUACUUAGUCAAUUAGGCUUAACACCUUUACCAGGAAGUAAUAAUUUGAGUAACCAAAAUGUGUUUGCUGAUAGCAACAAUCCAUUAGGCAAUCUCGCAUUGAACACCCAAAAUAUAAAUCGAGACAAUGCAAAUACUAAUAAUCCUCUUGGCAAUGUUUUUACUAUAAACCAUGGAGUGCUGAAUCCACCCUUAAAUAAUUUGAAUGGAAUGCCGUAUGGAAUUACUAAUAGUGACCUAAAUAACAAAGUUACAUUAGACAAGCAGAGAAUUCCAAUACCAUACGAUAAGUUUAUAGUAAGUCAUGAUAGAACACCUUACAUUUUAGAAUAUAUCGCAUCUCUGAAGAAUUCAGCGAAUCCAAAUAGUUAUUUAGGUAAUCUCAAUAACAAUUACGGAGGGCGUGUUAGCGAUAAUAUAGUCUCGCCUGAUUUAUCGCCAGGGCUUGGCAUGACGAAUCCUGUAAAAUUACCGAACAAGGAAGGCGUUAUUGAACUAACUUACGUUCUCAAGAGGCCUCAACCGUUACUUUAUCAUCCAGUUUAUUAUGUGAAAUAUAGACUGCCGUAUGCCAAAUUCGUGGAAAAUUAUAGAAACCUAAUUUUGCAAAAGCCCGUGUUGAGAAGUGAACCUAUCAGAAUUUAUCAAGAACUUAUAUCUUUAUCAAACAUCACCGAAGUGUCCCCAAAUUUAAAAGGACAUGACAUGGAAGAAAUUUUGAAAACCAUGGCUCAAAACGGAACUUUAGUAAAAGCGAAGUUGAUUGAUGAUAAAGACGAUGUUUUGCGUGAACAAUUGGAAAUCGUCAAAGAAUUGAAUUCUAACGUUACUCCAGAUGACAUUAAUUAUCUAACAAAUGCUACGAUCGAUCACGCUGAAAUAUUGAAUGGUACCGAAAAAGAAACCUACACUAAUUCUAAACUAUUCCCAGGAACAGUGGCCGAUGUGGUCGCUAAUUACAAGGUGAAACCUCUGAAUUUAAAUGGUGUUCCUUUUGUUCAUUCCUAUAACAAUCAAUUAAACGCCCCUAGCGAAAAUAAUUAUCCUUUUGUCAAUUUAUAUAAGAAUCGAAUUCAACCUAAUGUAACUCCCUUUAAUAACCCGCAAGUAGCCUUUAAUAAUAACAAACCAGUGGUCGUUCCUGUUCCUAAAGUUGAUUUCGUUUAA